CUCUGAUACUGGACACACUAGGCACUGAGGUCAGUUGAUCAGACAAGGUUGAACUAUUAUCUUGCUCCAUUGUACUUUGGAUUGCUGAUCCUCUCUCCCUGACCAUGUCAGGGGUAAGGAGGGAGGCAACCCUAAGAUUGACACCUUCAGGUCAGACACUCUGUCUACUGCAGAGUCCAGACCUCGGCAAUGCCUGCACCCAGGAUGCCCAGAUGAAGACAACAUCUGUCCAUGGGGACAGGUCACUUAUUGCCCUCAUCCACAGUCCUUCUGAAUUCCUGGCCUUGCCUCCAGCCCCAAGCCUGGAAAAGACACAGCAGAACAAUGCAGAUGAAAUGAAUCCUGAGCAUUCAACACCUCUGGAUUCCUACGAGGGCACAAUUUCUAACCAAGAUGCAUCACUCCACCCUUUAGCAUACCCCGGCAUGCAGCAGCCCUUGAACUACAGUGAUACUGGGAGCCUGAGGCAGAAGCAAGCUUCUCAUAAUGCCACUGUGGGAAACAGUAGCCUUGGUCUGGAAGAGUUUGAGACUCUGCAGAGUGUCAUGGAGUCUAGUGUUGACUUUGCAGACAUGACUACACUGGUGGCAGAUAGUCACCUUCCCCAACUCUUAAACUCCAUCACUGGCCUUGACCAAAUGGAAGAUCUCACAACAAGCCAAACCAAAGACUCCACAGACAUCAGGAGGGAUCAGGCCAGGGCAUGCGAGAGCACCUUUAGCGGACUAUCUGAACCAGGGAUCAAGAACGACCAGAAAGUCUCUGAUGUGCUUCAUGGAGCUCCUCAGGCCAGAACCCAGCAUGAGGAUAUGCUGAAGGAAGAUGAUCCUGGAGCCACUGAAGGGGCUAUAGACUACAUGGCCAACAACGUGGAUAGAAAAUCUCAGAUAUUUGAACCCAAGAGGCCCAGAGUAGCAUGGGCACAGGGGCAAAACAAGGCCAAGAAGACUAGAGAAAACAACUCCAAGAAAACAGAGGAGCUAAAGCCAUCAAAUCACAGAGUCAAGGCAGAAGAAAAGCCCACCAUCCCCAAGACCAAGAGGAAGAGGAAUCCACCAGAGCUCAGCCAUGACAGCUUUAAGAAGCCUCGCACUCACCUCGGCAGGCACAUGCUGGAGUCAGUGCAGGUCUUUCACCCCCUGGGGAAGAAGAGGGGGAAGGAAACUGGCAUCUCCUCCUCCCAGGCUCUGCUAAACUUCAGCAGCAACAAAGAUCCCAGGACUGGCCCAACCAAAACAUCCCUGGGAGAUGUGCCCCGUGAGGGUCGAGGCCCUGGUAAAACCCCUGGCAAUGCUCAGAGAACAGAGAGCAGUGCUCACAAGGAGUGUCCACCUCCGUCCCAGGAUGAGCUGCCCUUGCCUGGGAAGGUCAAGUUAGUACCUCUUCCUUUCCUAGCCAUGGACAAGCCUCAAGCCAGACCUGUUUCUACAAAGCUCCACUGCCUGGCUUCACACAGGCCCACUACAGCUUACCCAGUGAGGUCUCAUUCCCACUCUGCUAGGCAACUCAAACUCAAGCCAUCCCAACCAGCUCCUGCCAGCGCAUCAUUGAUGGCCUCUGACAAGUCAACUCUGCCAAUUGACACCAGUGCCACACGUCCAAUUAGAAGCAAGCCCAUCCAGUCUUGCACUGGGCCUCAACCGACUGCCUCUUUGCAUGCACCCUACAGAGGAUCAUCUCACACUUCACUCCACAGGGAGCCUCUUUCUUUUGCCACAAACAAGAAACUAGAUCCUUCCCAGCCUCAAAUCCAAUACCUGCUGCGAGACUUCAGCCACCAACCAAUUCCAUGGAGGAAAGUGGACAUUCCAGGGCCAGUCAUCUCACAGUCAAUCACUGAAAAGCAGAAGCCAGAAAGGGAGGCCAUGAAGAGGUGGGCCCAACAGGAGAGAGAGAAUGCUGCCAAGUGUACCUCUCUGGGCAAACCACCGCUUUUCCUUCAGAGGGAGAAAGACAUGGAAAUUUCAAGAUAUUAUGGCUAUGCAGUGUAAGUGCUGUCCAAACCAUUGGAACACAAUGUUACUCAACAUAUACAGGUGAGAUGUAGAUACAGAUAUUCAUGUAUACAUAAAGUUUAGAGGCUUAGUUAAUGUGUAGACAUGCAGAUACAUACAUAGUAAUGCAGAAUAAUAUUUAGAUAUAUGAAUAUAUAUGAAUGGAAAGACAUAGUUUACAAAUUUAUAAAUAUUUGAAGACACUAUAAUUGACUGUAGAAACUUCAGACUGCUAUUUCAUCCAUGAGGAUAUACAGAGGGCUUUGAUGUCUUCCUUAGAACUAUACUAUUAUUAAUUUAUGUUUCCAAAUUAUGUAAUAAUAUGUUACAUAGAUACAUCAUAUGCUAUAAGUCAGUGGGACUACUUAUUUAAUGUUAAAGCUAUAGCAAAAAGCUCUCGUGGCAAUAAAAUUAUUUUCCUGGACUUUAAUUUUCAGGAUACUAGGAUGAUGUGGGAGUUCACUCUGUAUGCUGUGAAUAUGUUUUAUUUGCCAUUGCUUAUUAAUGAAUAAAACUGUUUCAGCCAAUGACUGAGCAGGGCAAAGCCAGGUAGGAAAUUUGAACUGAGAUAUAGAGAGAAAGCAGGCAAACUCAAAGAGAUGCCAUGUAGCUGCCAAAGGAGAAAGAUACCUGAAUGCCAGAACAUUGACAGUAGGUCACAGAGUCAUGGUGAUAACAGAUUACUACUACUAGGCUAUAUUAAGAUGUUAGAGUUAGUCAGGAAUAUGCUGGGGUCAUUGGCUGAAGAGUGCUAUAAUUAAUGCAGUUUGUCUGUGAUUAUUCGAGUCAGAGUUACUGAACAUGGUAGGUUUCCUGGAGUGUAUACUGUAAAGUGAACACACCCCUGCUGUUACCACACUUCCUCCUGUUUCAAACCACAAAUAUGAACCAUUUAAACAUCAGUAGUCUGGGAUAAAGAUAUGCCUGCAUUUUCAUGAUAUGAAACACAGGGUCCAUGUAUACACAAUCAAGAUCCUACCUUGAAAGAAAUUCUACAAGGCGGAGUAUCUUUCUGAAAUGGGUUGAUUUGGAUUGUGGGUUUAUCUCAAAUUGUAUCAGUCUUUGAAAUUAUCCAUUUGACAUUUUCGUUUCUCUUUGUGUUUGUGUCUGUUUUGUCCACAUGAACUACUGUGUAACACAUGUGUGGAGUGCCCACAGAGGCUAAACCUGGGUGUCAGUUCUCUGGAGUCUGGAAUUAAGAGAGACUGAAAACCAUCAUGAGGUGCUCAGAAUUCGACCUGGGGACUUUACGAGAAAAUCGAGUGUUCUUGUCUACUGAGCCAUCUCAUCGAACCCGAGCUGAAUACACAUAAUGCAAGCAACAUAACCUUACCCUCUCUAUGGCUGCAAAGACUUGACUUUCUCUGUACAUCACAUUUUCUUCACCCAUGGAAAUACUGUUGGACACUAUGCUAUGUUCCCUGAUGAACUGUAGACAGUGCUGCAAUCAACACUGAUGGGCAAGUACCUCUCUAAUAUACUGAGUUCUUUGGGAAGGUACACAUGAACCAUGUGGUGGGCCAGGUUUCGGCUUUGGUGGUUCUGGAACACUGACAGCCACUCAGGAUGGAAAAUAUCCAAUCACAGCAGCAAUCGAUAACAUUCCUUUCGGCGAACUCCAUUAGCAGAGUCUGUCACUUUUUUCUAGUUGGCCUUCAAUGGCAUCCACUGGAGGUUCCCUAUGCAUUUCCCUGAUUCCUCCUGAAUCAGAACAUUUGUAUGUGCUCAUUCUCAGUUUUUCCAAAAUCUGUAAGAAGAGUC